GCCUCGCAGGCCUUCGCCCAGAACGUGCUCUCCAAGGCGGACGUGAUCCAGGCCACCGGCGACGCCAUCUGCAUCUUCCGGGAGCUGCAGUGCCUGACGCCGCGCGGGCGCUACGACAUCCGCAUCUACCCCACCUUCCUGCACCUCCACGGCAAGACCUUCGACUACAAGAUCCCCUACACCACCGUGCUGCGCCUCUUCCUGCUGCCGCACAAGGACCAGCGGCAGAUGUUCUUCGUGAUCAGCCUGGACCCACCGAUAAAGCAAGGCCAGACCCGCUACCACUUCCUCAUCCUGCUCUUCUCCAAGGACGAGGACAUCUCCCUGACCCUCAACAUGAAUGAGGAGGAGGUGGAGAAACGCUUCGAGGGGCGGCUCACCAAGAACAUGUCUGGCUCGCUGUACGAGAUGGUCAGCAGGGUCAUGAAGGCGCUGGUCAACCGCAAGAUCACCGUGCCCGGCAACUUCCAGGGGCCCCCCGCCCACAUCCGCUUCGACGAGAUCUCCUUCGUCAACUUCGCCCGGGGCACCACCACCACCCGCUCCUUCGACUUCGAGAUCGAGACCAAGCAGGGCACCCAGUACACCUUCAGCAGCAUCGAGAGGGAGGAGUACGGCAAGCUCUUCGACUUCGUCAACGCCAAGAAGCUGAACAUCAAGAACCGAGGCCUGAAGGAGGGCAUGAAGCAGAGCUACGAUGAGUACGCGGACUCUGACGAGGACCAGCACGAUGCCUACUUGGAGAGGAUGAAGGAAGAGGGCAAGAUCCGGGAGGAGAACGCCAACGACAGCAGCGACGGCUCUGGGGAGGAGACGGAUGAGUCCUUCAACCCUGGGGAGGAGGAUGACGACGUGGCUGAAGAGUUUGACAGCAACGCCUCGGCCAGCUCCUCCAGCGGCGACGGCGACAGCGACCGCGACGAGAAGAAGCCGGCCAAGAAGGCCAAGGUGGCCAAGGACCGCAAGCCCCGCAAGAAGCAGCUGGAGAGCAAGAAAGGGAAGGACCCCAACGCUCCCAAGCGGCCGAUGUCUGCCUACAUGCUCUGGCUGAAUGCCAACCGGGAGAGGAUCAAGUCAGAGCACCCUGGCAUCAGCAUCACAGACCUGUCCAAGAAGGCCGGGGAGCUCUGGAAGGCCAUGUCCAAGGAGAAGAAGGAGGAGUGGGAUCGCAAGGCGGAAGACGCCAGGAGGGACUAUGAGAAGGCCAUGAAGGAGUAUGGCAUGGGCAGCAAGUCGGAGAGCUCCAGAGUGGAGAGGUUGAAGAAGAAGAAGAAGAAGCAGGAAAAGCAGAUGAAGGGGAAAGUGGAGAAGAAAGGUUCUACGUCCAAGUCCUCAUCCUCCUCCAAGUACCCUGCCAAGAACACGAGCGAGAACUUCAAGAGCAAGGAGUUUGUCUCCAGUGAUGAGAGCUCCUCGGCAGAGAGCAAGAAGGAGGACUCAGAAGAGGAGGGGGUGGCCAGUUUACCCCCCAGCUCAGAGGACUCGGCAUCAGGCUCAGAUUAG